CUUUAACAGAUAACUGUCUCUGGGGUCGCGGACACAGUGAGCGCUGAACAUCGGUCUCUGAACUCUUCGUGGAAAUAUGACUUCUUCUUCCAACCACGACCAGCGGCUGGAGCAUCUCCUCAGCGCCGUAGAGAGCGAGUUCCAGAAGGGCAGCGAGAAGGGCGACCCGUCCGAGAGGGACAUUAAACUGACGCUGGACGACGCAGACCUGUGGACCAAGUUUAAAGAGUUAACCAACGAGAUGAUCGUCACUAAAACUGGAAGGAGGAUGUUCCCGGUGCUCAGGGCCAGCGUCACCGGCCUGGAUCCAAACGCCAUGUACUCGGUGCUGCUGGAUUUUGUAGCCGCGGACAACAACCGGUGGAAGUACGUCAACGGGGAGUGGGUCCCCGGCGGCAAACCGGAACCCCAGAGCCCCAGUUGCGUCUACAUCCAUCCGGACUCCCCGAAUUUCGGAGCCCACUGGAUGAAAGCGCCCGUUUCCUUCAGCAAAGUCAAGCUCUCCAAUAAACUGAACGGGGGCGGACAGAUCAUGCUGAAUUCGCUGCACAAAUACGAGCCCAGGAUACACAUUGUGAAGGUCGGCGGGAUCCAGAAGAUGAUCAGCAGUCAAUCUUUCCCCGAAACACAGUUCAUCGCUGUCACUGCUUACCAGAAUGAAGAAAUCACCGCUCUGAAGAUAAAGCACAACCCGUUUGCUAAAGCUUUCCUGGAUGCUAAAGAAAGGAGUGACCACAAAGACGUCCCCGACCACACUGCAGACGGUCAACAGUCCGGCUAUUCUCAGCUUGGAGGUUGGUUCCUCCCCGGCCAGAGUCCCAUCUGCCCCAGCAGCAGCCCUCCUCAGUUCAGCGGCACUGCAGCUCACUCCUCGGGCUCCUACUGCGAGCGCUACCCUGGUCUGAGGAGCCACAGGACGGCUCCAUACCCGAGCCCCUACCCUCACCGCACCUCCAGCACCAACAACUACCUGGACAACAGCUCAGGUUCUCUGUCCACUCAUGACAGCUGGUCUGCUCUUCAGAUCCCAAACUCCACAGGCAUGGGGACUUUGUCCCACACCACCAACUCCACCUCUAACUCCAGUCAGUACCCCAGCUUAUGGUCAAUGGCCAGCACCACCCUAACUCCUUCUGGCUCCGCCUCUGGCUCCAUACCAGGAGGUUUGACCUCCCAGUUCCUGAGGGGCUCCUCCUACACGGGCCUGACCUCCUCACUGCCUGUCUCCUCACCUUCUUCCAUGUACGACCCCAGCUUAAGUGAAGUUGGGGUGGGGGAGGCCCAGUUUGAGAGCUCCAUUGCCAGGCUCACUGCGUCCUGGGCGCCUGUGGCUCAGAGUUACUGAGCAGCGGAGACGUCACCUCUGAAGGUCUUCUCUGAAGGCUCAGUGGUCUUCUCUGAAGGCUCAGUGGUCUUCUCUGAAGGCUCAGUGGUCUUCUCUGAAGGCUCAGUGGUCUUCUCUGAAGGCUCAGCGGUCUUCUCUGAAGGCUCAGCGGUCUUCUCUGAAGGUUUUGGGGCAGGACUUGAAAAUAAAUGGGUCAUGGGAAAGACAUGGAAAACUUACAAAGACCUGUUGGGACGUGUUCUGGCUCCUGAUUGUGGAAAAGCAACGAUUAUUCAUUCCAGAGCCACUAUUUAUGAAAGUGAUGUGCAGAGACAAUCAUCUCCUUUUAUGUUGGACAAAUAAUAUUCAGCCUUCUCUUCUCUCAACAUGCUUAUUACACAUGUACUUCUUCUGCCUCUACACAAUACCCAGAAAUACCCAGAAAUCCAGAUGUUUGUUGUUAUAAACAUGUGAAAAACUGUUCCUCUAACAUAAAUAUGUAUAUGUGUGUAUAUAGACUAAAUUAACGCCACGUGUAUUUCCAUUUAAGCGUGUAUUUUUCUUCCGGUUGAAAUACAAAUCUGAGACUGGACUGAGAGUCACAAGUGCCUUCUGUAUCCGGGCAGGUUUCUGUUGGAUAAAAAAGACUUCCCUGCACAAACACAUGUACAGAUUCUAUGUAUUUGUAUUUGAAUUUGAACUCACUGUGAGUUGUAUUUAUGUCAUUUAAUAAUAAAUUAAAUAUGUUUGUUUUCUCAAACUA